AUGCAACCUCAUGAGAAGGUUGUUGUUCUGAAGCCUGUGGUCUCCAGGCCUUUCUCCAGGUUCAGGCCCUUCCCAAAGGUUCUGCAAGACUUCAACGCCACUUGUUCCCCAACAAUCACCAUCCCAGAGGAGAUUGAGCUAAUCAGACCAAAAGCCACUCAGUUGGCAUCGCUACCGGGUAAUCUUCCAACACAGAUAGCAGCAACGAUAGAUGCCGGGUCGGAUGCCAUAUCUGAGGAGGUGGAAGUCAAUGCAGAGCAUUUCACGUGUUGUGAGCAUGUAACAGCAUGCCAAACUGCUGGGCGGAAUGGUGUGCGCAGUCGUUUGUCGCUUGAUGGGUAUAACUGGAGGAAAUAUGGGCAAAAGAAAGUGAAGGGCAGCGAGUUCCCACGGAGCUACUACAAGUGCACUCACCCUAGCUGCCCUGUGAAGAGAAAGGUGGAGACGACAGUAGAUGGCCAAAUUGCUGAGAUUGUGUACAGUGGUGAACACAACCACCUGAAGCCAGGCAAGCCUUGUUCCCCCAGGAAGCCAUUGUCGUCGACAAGCACAGAGGUUGUGAUGUGCGACAUGCAUGGUAUUGACGAUACGAUGCAAGAGUAG